AUGUCGGGGGCUCCAAAGUUGUCUACGACGCUGGCUAUCUCAGCACGUCAAACGAUGCAAAAGGAGUCUGUGUAUCAUAGUACACUGCUGCUGUUCAGGCAUGUACAAAAGAGUAUCCCAGAGCUUUUGAAAUUGUAUGGGAUUGAUGCAGAUCCAAAGAAAGUGCGAGGAAACAUCAAGGCAGAGUUCCGAAAGUUCGGAAAGGAGCCCUUGGAGAAUGGUGUAUCCAACAUGCUCGUGAAUAAAGGACAGAUGGAGCUCGACGAGGCGAAGGCACAAUGGAAGACCCGCACGCACAUCCUCAAGUAUGUCUACGACAUUGUGUCCGAGCCCCAUCUUGCUCGUUCAAAGCUGCAAAAGACUCCUCUCAGCGCUCGCUACAAGAAUUUGGCACCAGAGGAUUUGGAAUUUCUCAACUCAUAAUCCUGAUCGGUCCAUUGGACGACUUAUGUGUGAUUCGAGAUCGAAAUGUGGCACGCAGUGAUCACCCACUGAAGUCAGUUCUAGUUUGUUUAUAAUGAAGAGAAAUCGAAAUUUUG